AUGCUUGGCGACUCGCGACAAGCAUUGGCCGAGGUAAACGAUUCCCGCAAGCGGCAGCCGCCACCACAACCGAAUGUUUCAAAUGGCACUACACUCAACGUAGUAUUUACUGAGGAAGGACGGGUUAACGAUGCUGAUGUCAUAAACACUUCUAAUGAUAAACUGAAAGCGGGAAGGUGGGAAAAGGCAAAUGGAGCUUUCACACGACACAAGUCAACACCAAAAGCAGCGCAAACUCGGGUGACUAUUGGCAUGCGUUUAAAGAGGUGGAUUAUUACAGGUAGAAUAGGCGCUGGUUCCUUUGGUGAAACCUUUACAGCGAUAGAGGAACCUAGAGGCCGCCAUGAUGGUGACGAGGAGAACGAGAUGGAGGACAUUAUUGCUCUUUCUCACAGCAGCUUAACGUCCCCAAAUCUCGCGGAGGUGUGUAUUAAGGUGGAACAGGAUAAUAAAAAUGUUCUCCGUAUCGAGGCGGCAGCCUUGAAAAAGAUACAGCGUUGUCCUCAAGUAGUACGAUACUUGGCAAGUGGGAAUACAGGAGGUAUGAACUUUUUAGUGAUGGAGCGAUUGGGGCCUAAUCUUGCGGAAUUGCGCCGUGGUACACCCUUUGGCACCUUUACUCACUUCACGACCCUCAAGCUGGGUAUAUCUUGUCUCCGAGCAAUACGAUGUGUUCAUCAACUAGGACUCAUCCACCGGGACAUUAAGCCCUCAAACUUUGUCAUUGGCUUGGGCGGAACUUCAGAUCCACGAACCUGUUAUCUUAUAGACUUUGGAUUGGCUCGUCGAUAUCGUCGUGCCAAUGGGGAUGUACGCCCACCGCGUGAAAAUGCUGGUUUUCGUGGGACAAGUCGUUACGCUUCACUGGCUUCGCAUCGUCAACAAGAGCUUGGUCGUGUAGAUGAUAUAUGGAGCCUGUUGUUUAUGCUUGUCGAAUUCGCCACAGGGACGUUGCCGUGGCGUAAGUAUAAGGAGAAGGAAGAAAUUGGUCGAUGCAAAGAGGAGAUGAUUGGGUCUGGACUUGUCCAGAACAUGCCUCGUGAAUUUCGUCCAUUUUUGGCACAUAUACGUGCGUUGCACUACGAGGAUGAGCCAGCUUAUGAUUUUCUGCUUUCUCUCUUAGAACGUGCGAUUGAACGCCGCGGCUACCCACCGGACAAAAAUUUUGAUUGGGAACACGAGGAUGACACACUCCAUCACAUGCGCUUUCAUGGUGACGGAGGCGUCACCAAGAGGCUUGUUAGAGAGCAUAACGAUGCAGCUGACAAUAGUGCCGGCGGAAUGGAAAAUUCUAUUCACAAGCCUAUAUCUUGCCGAAAUGCUUCUCAAACGCCUCUGGAUAUAGCGUUCGUCCCUGUUCCUGAGGCGAUCAAUAUAAAUACAAAUCGAUGUACUUCGGCAGCCUGUUUGAUGCCGCCAUCACCGCGAACGGAAGAAGAGGCAGAGGAGCAGGGUCGCAUAGGUGUCAGUGAUGUGAUUGUAUCCGCCGUAAUGUCUAGAAAUGGAGAUUUGAACGACGGUAAUCACGCUCUGGAAGCUGUGGGGGCAUUACAGUGGAACGUCUCCAGUGCCACGCCUAACGUUCGAGCUGACACCAGUGCUUUGGAAGAUAAGAUGGAGCGAGUUGGUAUUGAACGCCAAAGACGAGGUUAUGGGGUAGAACAUCAUGAGGCUGUCGAGAAGUUGGAGGUGGUCAACCUUGAAGGGAGUUUUUCUCCGCGCGAGAGGGUGUCUUCUAUGGGAAACAGUGAGCAAGUAGCUAAUGAUGCUCCUCUUAGGACCUUGCCAUUGAAUAAAGGAGAAGAAGAUAAUAUAUCAGGGUUAACUUCCCCACGGCAACAACAACAAGAAGAACAUAAUGCGCAUGAAAUAGCGAGUGUGAAGAGGGUAUCCUUUGCUACAGAUGCAAACCUAGUUGAAGACACUGCAGUCACUUCUAGACGUGGAGCAGAUGAACCAAAGGAAAAGAAGAAGCGUGCAAAUUGUGAGUGCAGUGUUGUGUGA